AUGUUAAGAAUAGACGAUCGUAUGACACAUGAGCUGAAAAACACAUUUUGUGAUAUAUCUGCAUCCGGAACAACUGUCGGAGAAAAGAAUGUUGGGACCAGGUCUCGCCAGAACCUUGCUGGUGGAACAGGAGUUUUUGCAAAUUUUUUUGAAGAGAUGGCCGAGCCGCUCUCAUUGCAGUCUUCAGAUCCCAAUGAUGAUAGCCUUGCAAAUACUUUAGAGAAUGAUUGUAGAUUACAAGAACAAAUGUGCGAGGCGGAGGAAACCAACCCUUGUUUUCAUGAUGAGCUAAGUCCCAUGCAAGCAUUUUAUGGUGAUAAUUCCGAUGAUGAUCUGAAAAUCCUCGAGCGUUAUCGUAUGCUCAUCAGUCAAAAUGCUGAUUUCAAAUCAUGUUAUGGAGACGAAUCUCAGCUGGGUCGUUCAACAAAUGAUAAUGCAAUCAAGUGUGGUUCAUCGCCACGCGGUGUCGUCACUGAAUACAAUCCAACGGAUUUAAGUAGUCAGUUGUGUAUUUCAUAUAUACACAGAAGUAAACCACCAAAAAUAUUAGCUAAUCGCUUCUUACUUGGCUCUACUAUUGGACGUGGUAGUUAUGGAAAGGUAAAGGAUGCGAUCGAUCUAUUUACACUUCGACGUCAUGCUGUAAAAAUUAUCAGUAAAUUAGGCGUUCGAAAAAUCCCCGGUGGUUGGAAUCAAGCCUUACAUGAAGUUAGCCUAAUGAGAAGAUUAUCAGCCUGUCGACAUGUUGUAUCCCUAGUCACUGUGUUACGUUUACAAAAUCCAGAUCGAUUAUGCCUAGUUAUGGAGCAUUGUUUAGGCUCAGUGCAUGAUUUACAAGCUGCCGGAGUACCAUCGAAUACAAUUGUAAGCUCAGAGAAUGAAUUUGAGUCGAAUGAAAUAUCAGGGAAACAUGAAACACUCAAAGACGACGGUUUACAUGACGAAGACACUACAAAGAAAUCCUCUGUAUUAAAGUUAAACAAAAUCCGUCGAUUUCAUACAAGGCUGCCUAUGAUUUCAACACAAAUCCACCAAGAAUUAGACUCCAAAAUUUCGAAGCUGAAAAAUCGUAAAGUAUCCAGUGUAGAACAUUCGACACGUCGCACUGUAAAGAACUCGCAACAAACACAACAACAACAGCAACAACAAUUUCGUCGACUUCCUGAAUCUCAAGCACAUGCCUACUUUUUACAGCUGAUUGAUGGGUUACAUUUUCUACAUCGUAAUGGCGUCAUACAUCGCGAUAUAAAACCAGCGAAUCUUUUGUUAACUCCAGCGCCUGGUUGUGGUUUAAGUGAAUUUGGCAGCCCAAAUGGUACAAUGGAUUUACCCGAUCAUAAUUGGCUAUGCGGUACUGGUGGACAAUCAUCAUUUUGUGGUCGUUCACUAGCUGAUCUGUUGGCUGCAUCACGUGGUUGGCUGGUGAAAUUAGCUGAUUUCGGUGUAUCUGCAUCAGUGUCAGCUUUCACUUCAAAUGAUAUGAUUAGCGGUGGACAAACUACACCAGCUGUUCAACCACCGGAAGUUGCCAAAGGUGUGCAAUCAAUAUUUGAUGGUGCUAAGUUAGACGUUUAUAGUGCUGGUGUAACAUUAUACUUUAUGCUAACUGGUCACGUACCAUUUUCAUGUCAAAAUGUAUUACAAAUAUUUGAAGCAAUCGUUAAAGGUGAUUAUACUAUCCCUGGACAUGUAUCAACAAAUGCAUCAGAUUUAAUUAGAAAAAUGAUGCUUAAAGAUCCUAAGAAACGUUUAUCUUUAUUACAAAUUCGUCAACACAUUUGGUGUAUCCAAGAUCCUUUGCCACCGAUGUCAGUUGAAAAAAUUAAAGAGAAAUUACGCAGUGAAUUAAUACAAUCAAAUAAUACACCAACACAACGACGUGGUAUAAUCUGUUGGCUUAAUCCAUUAGUCUAUUUGCGUAGAUCAAAUUCUGAAUAUCCUUCACCGCAUAUAGAUGAUACAGGGGCCAGGAUAUUUACUGCAGAUGAAAUUAUUGACAAAAGUGAAGAAAAGUGUAUAGAUUCACAGUUAACCUCAACAGAAAAAGGUGUCAUUUGUAAUAAUGAUACUGCUGUUGCACCAUUCUCUGUUAUUGAUCGAUUAAAGGUAUAUCAUGAUCUGGAUGAUGACGAUGAUGAGCACUCAAAACCUGAGAAUAUGUCAAGUUUCUUUUAUUCCCCUGAAGCAUGUUUACAGUAUUCGGGUAUUGAAUCACAUCUUGCCAAUUUAGGUAUUGUUCCGUGUUGCCCACAUGAGUCUGAAUCAAAGUUAAAAUUUCAAUCUACAUAUCCUGUUCCAAUGAAUGCUUCAGACAACGACAGUGCUUUCAACAAGGAUAAUCAUUUACCUGACAAUAAUCUCUCUCUUCCACUGUAUGAAGCUUCACAACCGCCGAACUUCACAACUAAUGCCAAGAACCAUAUACUACCAGAACCUCCUGCAUGUCCAGCUGAUUUACCAGUCUCUGUCCCGUCGACAUUAUAUAGAUUACCGCCUACAUUUGCAUUGAAUUCAUGUGUUAAUUUUCGUACUGGUAGUCUCCCAGAUGCAAGUGAAUUAAUUCCCUCGAAUUCAGAUGGAUAUGAAGAAGAAGCAGUAGUGGAAAGCGGUAAUAUUGUCGUUGAUAAUGAUUAUUCAUCGAAUCAAAAAACUUGGCAUUGUGGAUCAAGGUUAAAACGUGAUGGCUAUACAACAAAGAACUCACAAACAUUGCCUAAGAUGGUGAAUGAUAUAGAUCAGGUGUCUAGUGAUUUUGAUACUGAUGAGAAAACAUUUCUACCUGAAGAGAGUUGUUCUUCAACUGCUCAUCGUAAGAAAGACAAAAAGCAUACAGAUAAACAACUUGUCAAAAGUUGUAAGAGUAACCCGCACAAUAUGCAUAAAUUAACUAGAUGGUUUUCAAAUUCAUUCACGUCAUUCCGUCAUCGAAUACAAAGUCUUCGACAAAAAGAACUAUCGUCUAAUGGUUCACACACUGGGGCUAGUUAUUCUGCAUCAACUCCUCAACCACCGUUGUCAUCUUCAUCAGUUCCCUAUUGUCAUCGAACUGUGAAUAGUGCAGUAGAAUUAACCACAUCUAUGAUUACUGAUAAGCCUUGUGUUGUUGUACACAAUGAUUCAAUUGAAUCAUCUGGUCAUCCGCCAACAUCCCAGUCAUCUCCGAAGAUAUCUAUUUCACGAAUUUUUACAAAGAAAAAGUUUAGUUUUAAAAAAUGA